AUGGCGUGUCCCAUCACCGUCAGCAAAUUUGUCGGCACCGUGUCUCUGGGUCUGUUGACAGGUCUUUCCUACUCCGCCUCAGCCGUCACCGUGCCCUCUCUUAGUCUCCUGCCGACCUCCGCCAACGCCGCCCGGUCGCUGCACGAGGUCAAGCGCCUCAACCGGAAACACGGCCUGCGGCUAUCGAACCUGGCCAAUGGUUGUCUGCUCUUUGCCUACAGCGUCUCCCCUCAACACCGCAAGCACCCGUACUUGGUCUGGAUGUGCGUGACGUCGGCCCUCGGCACCUACGCUCUCGACUACUGGUUCCAUCGCGCCGCCGGAUUCAAGCCCUGGCUGCAGAGCUUCAUCCAGGACACGGGGUUCUUGUUCCUCUCCGGCAAGUCGGCGCCCAAGAAGGAGGAGGAUCUUGUGGUCGUGGAGGCCGAUGAGAAUGUGAACGGCGAGAGCGUGCGGAGGGAGCUGGAGACCGAGCGACGCUUUCAGCGAGUGCGCGCCGUUUUCUCCGGACUGGCUCUGGCGAUGGGCAUUGUCGGACUAUGGGGCGAUCGGUCGUUUUAG